AUGUCGACCAUAACAAAACAGAAGUCAAGCAAUCUAGAUAAACCUCUCGGUAGAGGGAAACCAGAGGUAAAUGUAGCAACGUUUGCUCUGCUGUUCUCGGAAAUGGUCCAGUACAGCCAGAAUCGUGUGUACAGUGUGUCAGAACUACAGAACAAACUCUCAGACAUGGGCCAGCAUGUUGGAUCACACUUGCUAGAUCUACUUUUUGUCAGGGAGAAAGGUUACAAGCGAGAGGUCAAGCUACUCAACAUGCUGCUGUUUAUUAAAAACAACUUUUGGAAGACCCUGUUUGGAAAGCAAGCAGACACACUGGAGCAUUCCAAUGAUGACGAGAGGACUUAUUACAUAAUAGAAUCGGAGCACCUGGUCAACAGAUUUAUAUCAGUUCCAAAGGAUAAAGGCAAAUUAAACUGUGCAGCAUUCACAGCAGGAAUCAUAGAGGCCAUAUUAAAUGGUGCCAACUUUCCAGCCAAGGUGACAGCUCAUUGGCAUAAAGGAACAACAUUCAUGAUUGAAUUUGACGAGUCUGUGAUCAUUCGUGAUAAAAUGGUGGAGGGCAAAUGAGUUCAACAUUGAUUUAUAGACUAUGAGGUGUUGUGUAGUGUUAUAACACAUUGUAACAUGUACUGUACUGUGUUUUUACGAUGAGGCUCAGGACUUGUCAAAAUAGUUUACAUGUGAUAAGUGUGUGUUGGUACGUGUAACUAGGUGCAAUUGAUACUUAAUCCUUUAAUCAUUAAGUACAUUGAUAAUUACCAUAUUUGUAAGUAACAUCUGAUGAUGCUCUCUUUAAUAUUGUUUGAGAUUUACAUUUGACCAGUUUAUUUAUUUGUUAUGUCACUUUAUGCUUUGUAUAACAGAAUCAUGUGAAGAUGUGAAAGUUUUAUCAAUCAACUUUGAUCUAUAAUACUAGUAUGUGAGGAGAGGGGAGAGCUGCAUUUAUUCGAAAAAUGUGUGAAAAUUAUAAAUGUAAGUGUAAAUGUACAUGUAUUCCUGAAAAUUUAUAAAAAAACAAGGGUGUUUGAAAUAUUUUAUUUGAAGAAAAGGAAAAUCUACUGGUUAUCUCCCUUUACAUUAGUGUAGGGAUUUCCAUUUUCGAUUUCAUGAAGUUUUUUUCUUGCAAAAUAUUUGAAAACUUGAUGAUGAUUUAUAGAAAUUCUGUAUGAUUUGCAGACAUGAAUUACUUUUAUCCAAGCUUUAAAUGUAAGGAAUGCUGUUGACUUGUGCGUUUAAUUUUUUGAGAAAAAUAUUACAAAAGCCUGUACCUGUUGAUAUGAAAGAAGUAUUUGAUGUAUGAUGUAGGUUUGGUUUUGUUAAUAUAUCAGUAUCAAAAAAAGUAAGAUAGUGUUGUUUUAGGAAAUGAUAAAUCAAUUAUUUGGUUUUCACAAUUUCUGAUCAUAGUUUACUUCUACAGGAGAGGUUCCGUGUUAAAUCAGGAUUCUAAUUUCAACAGAAAAUACUCAUAUCAUAAGGGUUUAUAACUAAGAACAGGAACUUCAUUUAUGAUCAUAUCAAAAUUCAGAAAUCAGAGAGAUUGGAAGAGACUGUCAAAAAGACUAUUAUUGCUGCUAAGCAAUAAUAUAUAUGAUGUAGCUGAAUGUCAGAUCCAGUAUUAUAGCUAAGUAUUGCUAUAUUCACCAGUUAUCUAAUAAAGAUAAAACAGUGAAA